CAACUACAUUUCAAAAUUUUUUAUUGAUUUCAAAUUAUUCAAUUUGCCUUUUCAAGUGACGUUUAUCCACAAUGUAAUAAAAAAGUUUGCUCACAAUCUGUUGUGUACCUUAAUAACACCCUUUGUAAACUUUACUUAGUGGCAGUUUUGUUUCAUUGUUUUGAAAAGGUGUGUCCUGUCGUAAUAUGUACACCAGCUUCUGCUUUUUUACUUCAGUCUCACGGUGAUGGAGGGCAACAGGUGUGCGCACGUCAAUCCAGGUGUCUGUGACCCGUACUUUAAACACCCGCACCGGGCGGCUUUGAUUCUGGCACGCGGUGGCAGUAAAGGAAUCCCGCUGAAGAACAUUAAGGUUCUGGCUGGAGUUCCCCUCAUCGGAUGGGUCGUGAGAGCUGCUUUGGAUUCGGACGUCAUUGACAAGCAACUACAUUUCAAAAUUUUUAAUUGAUUUCAAAUUAUUCAAUUUGCGUUUUCAAGUGACGUUUAUCCACAAUGUAAUAAAAAAGUUUGCUCACAAUCUGUUGUGUACCUUAAUAACACCCUUUGUAAACUUUACUUAGUGGCAGUUUUGUUUCAUUGUUUUGCAAAGGUGUGUCCUGUCGUAAUAUGUACACCAGCUUCUGCUUUUUUACUUCAGUCUCACCGUGAUGGAGGGCAACAGGUGUGCGCACGUCAAUCCAGGUGUCUGUGACCCGUACUUUAAACACCCGCACCGGGCGGCUUUGAUUCUGGCACGCGGUGGCAGUAAAGGAAUCCCGCUGAAGAACAUUAAGGUUCUGGCUGGAGUUCCCCUCAUCGGAUGGGUCGUGAGAGCUGCUUUGGAUUCGGACGUCAUUGACAGUGUUUGGGUGUCUACUGAUCACGAUGAGAUUGAACGAGUUGCUAGAAUCUGGGGAGCAAAAGUUCAUCGGCGCAGUCCUGAAGUUUCCAGAGACUCCUCCAGCUCACUGGAGACCAUCCAAGAGUUCAUCCGGCUAAGACCUGAGGUGGACAUUGUUUGUCAUAUUCAGGCAACCUCUCCAUGUCUGCACCCGUAUCAUAUCAGAGAAGCUCUGCAGAUGAUCACUGAACAGGGUUAUGAAUAUGUGUUCUCAGCAGUGCGCAGACAUCAGUUUCGCUGGACUGAAGUAAACAAGAAAGAGGGUAAAAGCACGUGUCCUCUGAACAUCGACCCAGCAUACAGACCUCGACGUCAAGACUGGCCCGGAGAGCUCUAUGAAAAUGGAUCUUUCUACUUUUACACGAGAGAAGUUCUGGAAAAAAGCCUUCAGCAGAUGGAUAAGAGGGCCUACUAUGAGAUGCUCCCAGAACACAGUGUUGACAUUGAUGUCGAUAUAGAUUGGCCGGUGGCUGAGCAAAGAGUUUUGAGGUUCGGAUAUUUUGGAGAAAAAAAGAAAACGGAGGUCAGGUUGUUUUUGUGCAGAGUAUCUGGCUGUCUGACAAACGGUCAGAUAUACAUGUCUGUUUCAGGAGAGCAGUUUGUUGCCAUCAAUGGUCGAGACCUGGCGGGCAUUCGAAUGCUGCAGAAGGAAGACAUCAAGGUGAUUCUUAUAUCCAGUGUGAAUGAGACCGUGUCCAAGGCUCUGCUGAAGACAAUUUCCCAGCAGACAGGUUGUGACAUCAAACUCGACAUGGAGAAGAAAGAUCUGGAGUGUCUGAUGAAAGAGACAAACAUGCAGAAGGAAGAGGUGGCCUUUAUGGGUGCAGAAUGUGAAGAUGUGGAGAUCAUGACCCAGGUGGGGCUGAAUGCUGUACCUCCUGAUGCACCUGUGUCACAUCUUAUAGCAGCUGACUUCACCUGUCAAAGGCCAGCGGGUCAUGGGGUUGUUUUUGAGUUUGCUCAGUACAUCCUGCAGAUGAAGAAAAAGACAGAGUCGCAAAUCAACCAAGAUAGCAUUGACAGGAUUAACUUCUAA